GGAUGCUUUAACUUCAGUACAACGUGCUACAAAAGCUGAUUUUGAAAAAUUUCUGGAGAUCAUAAACAAUACCAAUGAAAUUGAAAUACAAGUCAAAUUAUUUUCGGUUAUUGCAUUUCACUUGGUGUCGGUACCCAUAGUGAAGUUAUUAUCACAAGUAACAUUAUUUAUGACAAAAUAUACAACGUACUGACCAGGUGUUUACCUAGUAUGACAACCGUAACAUUAAAUUUCAUGUCGGCAUUGCUUUACGACUCCAACGAUGGUCGUUUAACCAAACGGCAGAGCAUGCUUCAAUAUGCUCGAAAUAUGAUUCGGUUGAGCGGUUGCCUGUCGUUUAUGUGUCAUCUCUUUGUCAGUUGUAUGAUGCAUCAAGAGACUUGGAGAGCUCUAUGUCGAUGUCUCGCAGAAGUUUGUCAAAACUCGCAUGAAAAUAAAAACUAUUGCUCGCACCUUAUUUCAACUGGUGUACGGAGAUGUUGUGAUGGCGACAUGGAAGCUGCAUUAGUACUUCAAAGCUUGUUGCAUAACCAUGAGCGUAAUGUGCAGCUCUUCAUCGGAUGUAGUGGGUUAACAAUGUUUAAUAGGCAGUUAUUACAAUCGAGCGCAAGCCUUCAUCUGUUGUACACAGUUUCACAAAACUCGGAUGCGAUAAUAUUAAUUAAAGACAAUGAUAAUGUUAUAAAUAUACUGCGGGAUUUCUUAAAAUUAUAUGGUACGGACUCUUGGGUUGGCCAGUGGUCGAUCCUGAUUCUCCAUAAUGUUAAUAGACAUAGAAACGGUUUAGAUAAAAACAUAGAAAAAGAUGACAAUUUGGAUGAUUUAAAACUACAAACUCAACAACAACAAAACGAUAAAGAUUUAAAUGUCAUUGAUGAGGCCAAUGAUAAGUGUAAUAAAAUGGAGUCUAAUUAUAUAGAUACGACAAGGUUAUUCUACAAUAUUCAUAAGGAAUUACAUUGGAAACCAAAUAACAACAGGGAUAUAGGUUUUGAAAACCUUAAUAGAAGGGGCUACUCGCCUGUGAUUACAAUGAAGGGCCAUAACAAAGUCAAAAGUACUGGAAAAUAUACUAUGUCACAGAAUGUUAGUUCUUCGAAUAGUUAUGUUAAUGACAUAUCUUUUUCAUUUUUGUUAAAGCACAACUUUCGUGAAUCUACUAUAGAAUAUGUAAAUAAAGAAAAAAUACAUAAUAAUAGGAACCCAAAUAGUAAUAAGGAAAAUACUAUCACUACCUUUGCUGACCAUAUACUAACUAAUAAUGCAAAUUCAUACAAAGAGUAUGCAAAUGAAGUUCAUAAAAUUUCCGAAAGUUAUUUUAACAAGUACAAUAUAAAUGUCCAAAAUGAUGAAGAAAACAUAAUGAAUUUUAAACCAACUAUUGUAUCAACACCAAAAAAGAAUAAUUUAAAUGUUAAUACAAAUACAUCCCAAUGUCUCGAUACUGAAUUAAAAAGAAUUAAACAUAAUCACAUAGUUAAGAGAAGACAUCGCAGGCAAAUCAAACCAAAAAAGCUAGAAAAAGAUAUUAAGCACAAAACUGUUGGUGGUAUGAAGAGUUUCUUUAGUGCUAUUAAUGAUUCAUGUACAACAUUUGUUAAAACAGUAAAAAAUAUAUUUAAGCCUAAAAAGAAUACUGAUGUUAUAAAGGACACAGUAGAAGAAUUCUCUAGUAAUAAUAUCACUACUACAAAAGAACCAUGUACCUACAGCUUUACAAAUUAUAUGAGGCAAAGAGAUACUAUUCUCGGGAAUAAAUGGCCUAACAAUGGAAAUAUAACACAUAGUGUUAAUACAGACAUUACAAGCAAGAAGUCAUGCGAAACAUGUAACAAUACCGUUGUAUUAAAACAGAAGCUAGUUAAUGACGAUAAUUUAAGACAAACUGUAAAAAAACUCAAGUUAGGCAUUAAUUUAUAUGGAUGUGAUUUUAAAAAAAUUUCUGCCGCACUGUGGCCACGAGAAAAAUACAUGACACCUGAUGUCCUCUAUAAUCUUUAUCGAAAAUUAAUAUUGAAAUAAAAUUUUAAUUGUUAUUAA